UUAUACCUGCCGAGAAGGAUGAGUAACUCGGUUAACGGAGUAGGCGGUAGCAACCGUGCCACCACCUCCGUAAACGGCGGAGGCGGCCCCGCCGUGGACAAGGGCGUGGAUUACGCCAACUACUUCUGCACCUACGCCUUUCUGUACCACCAGAAAGAGAUGCUGUCCGACCGAGUUCGCAUGGACGCUUACUUCAAUGCUGUUUUUGAGAACAAACACCACUUCCACGGAAAGGAGAGGGGUGGGAAGGAAGCAGGAGGAGGGAAAUAGGACGCUUUGAAUCAAGUUGUCGUUCUAAGACAAGUAACAUAGACUGUAUUCAAUUUCUUUUUUACAAGUUUUUGAUAUAGUUUCAUGCCGGUGGACUUGUGUACGUAAGUUGGAUUAGCUUGAUGGGCAAGUGAUGAACUUAUUUGUCAACAAAUGAUGGGUAAGUUUAAUCAAGAAAAAGGUGGAAAAUGGUUACUUUGUGAAAAUAGAUAUAGCCUGUAAAAGAAUCCCAAACACAUUGAACCCACAAAAAGAAGAAAACGUAAAAAUUUGAAAGAUCGCCCUUUAAGUGUCAAAGAUAGGUGUAGGAAGUGUGUAUAUUAGUGGCUUUUUUUUUUCCAAAUGUUAAAAAAAUGUAAUUUCUUUUUUUUGUCGAGAAUCGUUACUCAGUCGUUGCAACCAUUGUCUUUAUUUGUAUUGGGGCUUUUGGUUGAGACAAGGACUAAAUUGGUGAAUCCACGGAGUAGACUGUUCUGGAUGUAGGAACAGGGAGUGGCAUUUUAGCAAUAUGGUCAGCUCAAGCAGGCGCAAGGAAAGUCUAUGCAGUGGAAGCUACCAAGAUGGCACAACAUGCCCGUGAACUUGUAAAAGCAAAUAAGCUCCAGGAUAUAGUUGAAGUGGUUGAAGGAUCAAUGGAAGAUGUUGCACUUCCAGAGAAAGUUGAUGUAAUCAUCUCAGAAUGGAUGGGAUACUUUCUUCUGCGUGAAUCAAUGUUUGACUCGGUAAUUUGUGCCCGUGACCGCUGGCUGAAGCCAGAUGGAGUUAUGUAUCCAAGCCAUGCUCGCAUGUGGUUGGCACCUAUCAGCUCUAAAUUAGCAAAUCAAAAAAUGAGCGACUUCGAUGGAACCAUUGAUGACUGGUACAAUUUUGUUGAUGAGACUAAAACUUACUAUGGUGUGGACAUGAGCAUCUUUACAAAGCCGUUCACUGAUGAGCAGAGGAAAUACUAUUUACAGACAUCACUCUGGAAUAACCUCCACCCAAAUCAAGUUAUUGGAGAAGCUGGCAUUAUAAAGGAAAUAGAUUGUUUAACAGCGACAAUUGCGGAUAUACUUGAUGUUCGGGCAAGCAUAUCAACUUCAAUUUUUGCUGAAGAUACCAGGUUCUGCGGUUAUGCUGGAUGGUUUGAUGUCCAUUUUAGAGGAAGUAUGCAGAAUCCUGCUCAACAGGAAAUUGAAUUGACAACUGCUCCAAGUGAAGAUUUUGGGACCCAUUGGGGCCAGCAGGUGUUCCUCAUACAUCCUCCUCUUAGCGUUGGCCAAGACGAUGAAUUAAUCAUCCAUGUUUCCAUGAAUCGCUCUCAAGAAAAUCAUCGAUUAAUGGAGAUUGAAUUUGGCUGUGAGAUAAGAUAUUCUUCUGGGAAAUUGCUUCCCCCUUUCAGAAAUAAAUUUUACAUCGAAUGAGAAGCAGGGUCGCUGAUAACUUGCCAAGGUUGUGGAACUGUUUCAUCAUUUUUCAACUAGGAAUUGCUUGUGGUUGGUUUCUUAAUAGAAUGUUUCUUUUUCUUUGAUCCAAGCUGGCAAGUCAAAGUAAAUCUCUGGUACGCAUGAGAAUCUUGCGAAGCUUUCUCAGGGUGUAUCGGACAAUUUUGUGUGGUGUGGUCGUCUAUUCCAGCGCUUGCAUACAAAGAGUGGACGACUUCGGAAUCCAAGUGCAUCUUCUCUGGAUCUCAUGCAUUUCAGUUGUAUUUUCAUUUUGGGGUCGUUUGCACCUUGGGUUUUCUCUGUGAGAGCCUUGAAUUUUGUUAGUUUGGUUUUAAUUUAAGAUACACCUGCUCUUCUUUUCCCCCCUUUCUUCCUCCCGGGCAACUUCUGGCUGGGGUUGGGGUCUUGGGUGAGAGUGAAAAACGACCCAAGGGGGCAUAUAGAGACUGGAUACCGCCACUUUUGCAAUUAAUACCACUGUAAUCUAGUGCCUGAGGGACACGGCAUCCAAAAACUUUAUCGUCUAAUCGGAGAUAGCCCAUCUUCCUGGGUUUCUUAUUCA